UAUUCCAUUCUACAAAAAUUAAGAGGGAAUUUCGGUCCAAGUGAGUGAUGAUGUAUAAAGAAUCCAGUAGCAUUAGGUAUUCCAGAUUAACUACCGCAGCAGCAUAAAGGUUCAGUGACAAUCGUGCCCAGGGCAGACAAUAGGGGGAUGUAACCUGUGUGGAACGAAGGAAACAAAGGCCUGCCGGUAUGAUGUCGGCGCGGUUGGGGUCCUGGGUGGCUGCGUGGAUGGGGAUCCCUUCCUUGUACGAACCACCGAACUCCGUGAGGGGAUCUCCGCCUGAAGAAGCGCACUCCAGCUCGCAGGGGCUUCUUCCUGCCUUCUUCCCCUAAGGGGCGGGAGGCUGUCUGGGCUUGUAUCCGAGGAAGGUAUUUGCAGCGGGAACUGCAGAAAUUGCGGCCGCCGCAGACCGGGUCGGGGGGAGGGAGGGCAGAGACGGAGCAGCGGCGUCGGGGGAAGGCGCUCGGCUUCCGGGCGCUGCGGCCCGGCCGGGUGUCGGACUCUGUCAGUGCCACGGUGUCGCUCGCCGCUGCUUUGGGGAAGAAGGAGACGAAGAGAGCGAGCGACGCAGCGGAGGAGCCUCUCAGCCCGACCUGCUCCGGUAGCCGAUCUGAUCCGAUCCCCCCCCCGCGGCCAGGCCCACCGUAUGCAGCCCUCACCCUGGAGCGGCGGCGGCGGAUCGAGGAGCUCUCGCGAUCCUCCCGGCAGCGGCUGCUUCAGUCUAGGGACAGGAUGUUCUCCAAGUUCACCUCCAUUCUGCAGCACGCCGUGGAGGCGCUUGCGCCAUCCCUUCCACUGCAAGAAGAUUUUGUUUACCACUGGAAGGCUAUUACCCAUUACUACAUAGAGACUUCUGAUGACAAAGCUCCUGUGACUGAUACCAACAUUCCAUCUCACCUGGAGCAGAUGCUGGAUAUUUUAGUUCAGGAAGAAAGUGAGAGGGAGUCUGGGGAAACAGGGCCUUGCAUGGAAUAUUUGCUACAUCACAAGAUUUUGGAGACAUUAUAUACCCUGGGCAAGGCUGACUGUCCUCCAGGCAUGAAGCAGCAGGUUCUUUCUUUUUAUACAAAACUUCUGGGAAGAAUACAGCAGCCUCUUCUUCCACAUAUAAAUGUGCACAGACCUGUGCAGAAAUUAAUCAGACUUUGCGGUGAAGUCUUAGCUGCACCUACAGAAAAUGAAGAAAUACAGUUUCUUUGCAUAGUGUGUGCAAAGCUGAAACAGGAUCCAUACUUGGUUAAUUUCUUCCUUGAGAACAAGCUAAAAGCAGUGGCCUCAAAAAGCAAAGCCUGCUUAAUCGCAGAAGACAUGCAAAAACGCCAGGAUUUUGGGAUGACAGAUACAGGACAGUCUGUUCAACUUGAAGAAACACCAAGAGUGGAACAUGCAGAGAGAGAAAAUGACCUUCCUCAGCUGGCAGAUGACUUGUCCACAAGUCUGGAUGAAUUAAAUGUCCCUUUAUCCCCCGAGGCUUUGGCUGCUCAUCCACAUGGAGACUAUAAUUUGGUGAAUUCCCUACUCAAUCUCACCAAAAGCCCAGAUGGCCGAAUAGCUGUGAAAGCUUGUGAAGGCCUCAUGCUCCUAGUAAGUUUGCCUGAGCCAGCUGCUGCCAAACGCUUAACACAAAGCACGUGCUUAUGUGAACUGCUGACGGACAGGCUGGCCUCCCUGUACAAAGCCCUCCCUCAGUCAAUGGAUCCCUUAGAUAUUGAAACAGUGGAAGGAGUUAACUGGGGCUUGGAUUCAUACAGCCACAAAGAAGAUGCAUCUGCUUUUCCAGGGAAAAGAGCCUUGAUUUCAUUUCUCUCCUGGUUUGAUUACUGUGAUCAACUCAUCAAGGAAGCUCAGAAGACCACAGCCAUUGCCAUGGCAAGCUCAAUACGAGACCGUUUUUUUGUUGGCAUCAUGGAACCCCAGCUAAUGCAAACUUCAGAGAUUGGGAUUCUCACAUCAACUGCGCUGUUACAUCGUAUUGUUCGUCAAGUCACUUCAGAAGUCUUAGUGCAUGAAAUGGUUUGCUUCAUCCUUGGAGAACAGAGGGAGCCAGAAACACUGAUGGACAUCAACAGGCAUCCAUUGCGACAUCGUUUAAUCGAACACUGCGAUCACAUUUCAGAUGAGAUCAGCAUAAUGACACUCAGAAUGUUUGAGCACCUUUUGCAAAAACCUGAUGAGCACAUUCUUUAUAACUUGGUUCUUAGAAACUUAGAGGAAAGAAACUACACAGAAUAUAAACCACCCUGCCAAGAAGAUAAAGAUGUGGUGGAGAAUGGCCAGAUAGCAGGAGCUGUAGACCUGGAAGAAGAUCCAUUAUUUACUGAUCUUUCUCCUGAUACCAUGCUGUCAAACCAAGAGUGGCUUAGUGCUUCUCCACCUGCCAGCCCAGAACAUCUGAAAACUGAUGGGAAGACAGAAGUUCAUAAAAUUGUAAAUAGUUUUCUCUGCCUAGUACCAGAUGAAGCCAAAUCUUCCUACCAUGUGGAGGGCACAGGUUAUGAUACCUACCUCAGAGAUGCUCAUCGACAAUUCCGGGAUUACUGCGCCAUAUGCUUACGAUGGGAAUGGCCAGGCUCUCCUAAACCUUUGGAAAAGUGCAAUUUAGAAGCGUCGUUCUUUGAAGGACAUUUCCUGAAAAUUUUGUUUGAUAGAAUGGGCAGAAUUCUUGAUCAGCCAUAUGAUGUCAAUUUGCAAGUCACAUCUGUGUUGUCCAAGCUCUCUUUGUUUCCCCAUCCACACAUCCAUGAAUAUCUCUUGGAUCCCUAUGUAAAUCUAGCUUCAGGGUGCCGGUCUCUUUUUUCAGUCAUUGUCAGGGUUGUUGGGGAUCUCAUGGUAAGGAUCCAGCGCAUACCUGAUUUCACACCUAAACUUUUGCUGGUCAGGAAGCGUCUCCUUGGCUUAGAACCUGAAGGGCCUAUUGUUGACCACAUGACAUUACUAGAAGGUGUUAUUGUGCUAGAAGAGUUUUGUAAAGAGCUGGCUGCAAUCGCAUUUGUGAAAUACCAUGCUUCAUCAACGCCAUAAGUAUCUAUUCUAAGUGUCCAACUAGGAGGUCUUCUUGUAUUUCAAUCAGAAAAGACUGGUAACUAUCCCCAAGCAAGAAAAGGAAAGAAAAAAACAAAAGAACCCCCACAAAGUAUUGGCAUAUGUUUAGAAUAUUUGUAUGGUGCACAUUCAAAUUAUACUGCUGGUUUCUUACUUCAUUGGCAUGACCACAUGGGAAUGAAAAAUGGACAUUUUACCCCACAAUACAAUUAAAAAGAUGUAUUGGUGGAAUAGAAUGCUUUCAAUGAGGACACAUCAGGGCUUCAGUUAAAGAGUACUCUUAUUUUGAUGUUCCUCCAGGUGUUUUUAUAUACUUCAGAGUUCAUAGGCAUUUUAAAAAAGUUUUGUCUGAUAGCUGAUGUGUAUUUUAUCCCUUUAAAUGAAAACCAGCAAGUGAUUAAAUCCUUCUAAAGUAUUUAAAGCAAAGCAGAAAAGAAAUGGAGACUGCAAGCACACAGCUAUGAUAACUUUUUUUGCUAAUCAUUUUAUGUUGUCUGAAUCCUUUAUCCACUGUGUUGUUUCACUUUUUUAUUGAUGUAUCAUUACGUUGGAGUAGCAGGUGACCACAAGUAUACUUAAGUGUUGGUUUUCCUUGAAUCAUUAUUUGUUCUACUUUGUUAAUGCUGCAUAAUUUAAUUUGCCUUCUGUUUUGUAUUGGAACCCCAGCCUGUAUUAUCCCAAUCUCUGUUUACACAAAUGCUAGUAAUAUAGGUCACUUGACAAGGUUUUUUUAAGGUUCUUCUAAGAUUAAUUGGUCAAAAAAUAUUUGUGCCUUGACGACUGGCAGUAUCAAUGUCUUGUGGUUUUAAAAAUACUUUAUUGCUUAUCUAAUAUGAAUGGUUGUAGCAUCCAGGCCAAGCAGUGUCUGACAUUGUAUAUGAAGCCAAAUUCGUUAUAAGUUGUUGCAUGCUUUGGAUUGUUAAUUUGUGAUACUACUCAUCACUAUCAGCUGCAAACUUCAAGCCAGUAUACUGUCUUCCCUGACAUGGAUCGAGAAACGUAAGAAUAGAAGCCAUGUGUGAAGAGGUUGGAUGGGAGUACGUUACUCCUUUAGGCAGAAGGGCACAGUCAUGAUUGACUGACUGUCCUGCUUUAGUUCACAGAGCUGCCAGAGUGAUCAUAGUUUGCAUUUCAGAUAGUUAUGUCACACUAUUGGUAAGGAAGUGAGGGAGACCAGAUGUGUUCUUCAGUCUGUGUGCUGGUUCUGAAGUCUUAGUGGUCCCUGUAGCAAAGAGG